AUGGCACAAUUUGCCCGGGUCUGCUUUGCAGAUGUGCAUUCAAAGGACGCUACAUUGUCUGUGCAGGAGCUGCUGGCGACGGCGUGCGAGUCCGUGGUGGCAGCCGACGCCUUGUCGGCUCUUCGCUGCGGCGCCUUCUCGUCUUCGGGCUCGGUAGAGUCCGGAGGCCGACCGGAGUCAGUGCGCCGGCGCCGGACCUUAGAGUCUGAGGACUCCAGCUACGACUCGGACACCGAAAACCCUGGCGACACGACGUCGUCUACGCGGCAGCACGAGGACGUCUCCCGAACCGUGUCCGACACGCUGGGUGCCGAGUUCGCAGAGUACGUGACGGCGGGACCCCAGUACGCCAGCCGGCUCGAGUUUGCCGUCAAGCUAGGAUACACACAUUCGCAGGUGCAGCAGGCCCUUCGUCGGCUGGGCCCUCAGCCGGCUCAGAACGAGCUGCUGGCCGAGCUGGUGCGGCUGGGCGCCAGGGAGCAAACUGGCGACUCGGCGGCACCCCGCGCCGACCAGUCCUCGUCGCAGGCUGAGGACCCCCUCAGGCCGAUCGUCAUCGACGGAAGCAAUGUUGCCAUGAGCCAUGGCAACAAGGAAGUGUUCUCAUGCCGAGGCAUCAAGUUGGCAGUGGACUGGUUUCGAGACAGAGGUCACACAAACAUCAGCGUCUUCGUCCCUAGUUGGCGAAAGGAAGCCUCACGUGCGGAGACCCCCAUCAAGGACCAAGAGAUCCUGCUGCAACUCGAGAAGGAGCGAUUGCUGUUCUUCACGCCAUCGCGCAAUGUGGGUGGCAAGCGUAUGGUGUGCUAUGAGGACCGCUACAUUCUCAAGAUGGCUGCACAGACUGGUGGCGUAGUCGUGUCAAACGACAACUAUCGGGACCUGGUGGCCGAAAGCCUAGACUUCAAACGUGUUGUUGAAGAGCGCCUGCUUAUGUACACAUUUGUCAACGACAGGUUCAUGCCCCCUGACGACCCCCUGGGGCGUCAUGGGCCCUCCCUGGAUGCCUUCCUGCGCAAGAGUGGCACCCUGGCUUCUGAGGGACCACCAAGCUGUCCGUACGGCAAGAAGUGCACGUACGGCAACAAGUGCAAGUACUACCACCCGGAGCGGGGGAACCUGCCCCAGAAGUCGGUCACCGAGCGGCUGGCAGAGCAGGCCCGCCUGCAGCUGCAGGAAGUCAAGGCUCGUAGUGUCAUCAAGAGCCGUGACUCAUCCCCCGGUGGUGAGCUGCUCAAGACAAAAAGCUUGCCGCCUGGAGCGAGUGAAGCGAUGCUGCCUAAGAAGAAAAUGCCCCUCUCGAGGACCAAGUCGUCGGUACCAUCCCUGUUGGGUGCUGACCUGUUGGAGGCUGACGGUGGAGGCCACUUGUCUGUGGCGAAGCGACUCUCCGAUCCAGAUUCGGGACUCGGAGCAUUCUCACUGCCCAAAGGCAGUUCCGUGCUCUCGCCACCUAGUGGUGGUGCAGGCAGCAGCAGCAGUGACGACACUCUGAGCAGUGGCAACCUCCACCGCAAGCUCCAGCGGCAGCUGACUCUCAACCCGACGUUCGACCCCCGGCUGUAUCAGAUGCGGGCCGCCGUGUCGUCGGGCCUCGUUCCGCCCCCUGCGGUAAGCCUGGCCGAGGCUGUGCACGGCCGCGCCGGAAGCCACGAGAAUUUGCAGCAGCAUCGAGCCCUUGGGCGACUAGCCAGCGACUCGGGCCUAGUCGCCGUUGCGGCGGGCGGAGGGUGGGGCACUCUGCCGGGGGCACACACUGAGGUGACACGCAUCGCCAGUGCCCCAGACACGACGCGGCAGCAACGGUCGUUGCAGCAAGGGGCCACCAUUCAGCGCCUCAGCAGCACAUCGGACACCAGGUUGGACGCAUUCCCGCUGGCGGGUGCGGCCACACCACUGCCACCAAGCCCCCCGUUUCCUUCUUUUCCGGGUCUGAGCCCCCACACGGGUCCCGGUUGGGGAAGCCUGCCGAUGGGCCGGCCACCACCACCGGCAGACACGGCCAGCCCUCGCUAUCGCCUCUACUACCACCUGUCGUCCAUAUUCCCUGAGGAACAGGUGCGUGCCGCCAUGGACCUCUGCCCCGAGGAGACCAAUCCACAAAAAGUGUGCGCAGCCAUCCUCGCCAUGUUUCCCAAGGGUUGACCACUGUUGUUGCAGAGUGUGUGCAUUGCUGCAGUCUUGUUUUUCUGCCACCGCAGUUCCUCUGUCAUGAAAAGUGAUGAAAUGCUCCACCUGAAUGUGGGCACGGUUGUUGUGUACAGUGCCUCGCAGAGAAUGACGCAAAUGUAAACGAGUGUAUGUGUACUGCUGUCCUCCGACGUUCUGCAAGAGCUUGCUUCUAAAAGGCCACUGCAGGAGUGUUCCUCUCCUGCAAUUGUCUACAACCGAUCUGAUCCCCUGGGCUGCUCAAAAGAAGCUUUUCUUGGUGAGCCCUUGGUGCUCUCAGGUAUGUACAGGAGGGGUUUCACGUUUUACUCCUCCCUUUUCGAGAAGUCCACACUUGCGUUAUGUUUAUGGGCAGUACUCUCAUUUCCUGCAUUCGUUCAGAGUGACCAUAAUUGUGAGGUCCAGUCGUGAUCUGUUGUGUGUGCAGAGAUUUGUUAACAGCGAGUUAGACAAUACUGCCUGAGCUAUAUUAUUUAACCAGAAGUGAUAUGCUCUCAUGAGAUACAUUUGCUAUUCGGCUUGACUAUUAAUUAUGAAUGAAACGGCAUUUGUAAACGAUCAUGACACAGAAUGGGGACUGCCAUGUGUCCCCAUCCUGUGUCCCAGUCCUUUGUAUUUCGUUUGAUUCAGAGUAGUACACCGACAAGCAAGUUUUCAAUACUGUAAGCUUGACUAUCACUUGUGAGAUGCUGAAUUAUUGAUAGCCAUAGCCUCACCACAGGCACUGUGACUCAGCAGCAUGUAUUUGCACCCUCUGUGACAGCACCACAAUGCUGACAGUACUGUUGGCCAAGUGCUUGAGCACUGCUCUGAAACAUAAGCUGUGUGUAAAACUUUAUGAUGUGAUGUCGCUUCCUCUUAGCUUGCCACGGCAUGUUACAGCAUAGUGCGCGUUGGUCCCAUGAGGAGGAGCUGUAUACUGGGAACCCUGCAAAUCAGGUUUGCAUCUGCAACCUUUGGACUUGGACCGUCAUUUUUGUCGACGUUCCUCAUCUGUGCAUAGGGGGCUCACUUAAGCAGAUGCAGCUUCAAAGCUGAUGCCACGUUCUGUGGAGCAGUGUCAAGUCUGAUGUGGGAGCUUGGCAUGUAGUGUGUUCUCAGUGCGCUUGGAAACAAUCUUUUUGAUCUGUGAACACUUCUUAUUAUUACUUAGGCACAGAAAUUUCUGAAGCCUAUGCAUUUGUAGCCACAAAGACAGUCACUUCACGAUACAUUGGGUGGAUGGAUCUUGUGUGGUUUGUGUGCUGAAUUUUGUUUUCAUUCACUGAACACUAGGUGUCGGGGUAUCACAGCUAACAGUCGGCAUUUUCCGGGGCUGGGCAAAACACUCAUAGUCAAACAAGAGAAAAAUCUCUUGGUGUGCAUGAAAGCUUUUGCCAAGAUUUGCUUUUUUUUUGUUUGCUCGGAUGGAACAUUUCUCAGUGGUUUGUUUUUGCUGGCAAGUUCUCAUAGCAUGUUUCUGAUGCAAGGCCACAAGAACAGAACUUCAGGUUGAAGUUUGACUUGUUCUUUAUGCCAGUGGAAGGUUCCGCAUGGCUUUUCUCUCGCUUUGCUAAGCUUUCACUUCGGAGGACCAGCACGUAACAAUAGAGGCUGCAGUAAUGUGUCAAGGGGGAGUUUUUCAAAGUUAACAUUAAAACAUUGCUGCCACUUUCUUCUUUUGUACACCAAGCCUUUCAUGGUCAUUUUCACUUUUGUACGUCAUGUGUCUCGUCUCAGAUGUGCGAUGCGUCUUGCUGUGAGCACAUAUUGCAAUUUUUUAUGGCUUGUGUUCCCAUCUUUUCUCUAGCUUAUGACAGCAAGAGUUAUGCUGGCCUGUAACUUUGGCAGGAAACGAGUUUGUUGUGAUGCAGAUGCUUGCUAGGAAUGCAGCCUACCAAGUAGCUAGCUCAAGCUCACAAGAAGGAAGUAUGUGACAAAAUGCACCAGUACUGUCUGCAUUGUACCGGCCGAGGAGCAUGCUGGCUGCAUAUUAAUAAAAGUGGCUGCAAGCGUGCUUCAAUUUAGCAUUGAGCAAGCAUUGCUUCAGAAGAAAAACCGCUUGGGGAUUUCUAACUCCAUUUGAAACCACUAGAAUGCAAAAAGCGCAUUCGGGGAAUGGAAGGACUCGGACAUGCGCUGACGGGCAAAGCCGGUUUUGAUUCCUAAUUUGUAGUAAAGUGAGGUAUUGAGAAGGCCAUGUAGCGGAUGGACUAAAUCAACAAAAUGGUUGUUGUGGGAUUGGAUGCACAGCAGGGGAAUACGUAGUGUGAUGAGUUCGCAACAGGUGCAUCUCAAAGCGCGUGUUCUUCACGACACGGUUGCUUUGUUGUGUCUCCGCACAAAAGAAACAGUGGAGCACAAAAAGGGUUGUUAGGCUAUUAUGAUUUCUUGAAUAGGAUUAAAGAGAUACUGACACAAAAAUUUGGGCCUCGCAUUUUUUUUUUUUUUUUUUUUGCUGCUAUGUGUUUUUUUGGGGGCCUGUUAGUCAUAACACAACCCAUCGCUUUCUGCAGUGCAUGACAAGUAAUUAAUACAGGCUUGUUAUUACCGACCAGUGUCCGUCUCGGUUUCAAAAACGAGGAGCCAUUGGGUACAACUAUCACCUCCUAGUGGGUGCAACACUCGACCAUGUCAGCACACAGAACUGUGAUGCUCGUCUGUGUGAUUCGCAUCAAGGAGUUUUUCAAACUGGAAAUGUGACAGCAAUGCCAUCAAACACGAAACUUUCAAAUAGUGUGCCAUGGCCACAGACUCGCAAGCAGCUGCGAAGUAAUAGUCUGCUGGAGCAAACGCGACCAAUGAAAAAUGGCAGCUAUGACGUUGUCGUAACUUGCUGCAGCGUUGUCUGCUGCAGGGAAGUAGGCGGUACGCAAAGGUCGCCUAAGAGGGUGUCAAUAGUGCGGAGGAGUCGGUUGGUCACGCAAACUUCAAAAAUUAAUUUAAAAUACCUUCUGAGCUAUAUUUGCUGUUGAUAUUUUGCAGAUGUUAUACACAUGUUCACAGCAUCGAUCCCGCAGGCUAUCUCGGCCACAAAAUUUUUGUUGGUACCCCUUUAAGUAAAGCCCGCAGAACUUGGUAAAGUUGUGCCAUGCUUUUAAGCACCUUUUCUCCCUCUCCCACCUUCUCCGAUGCAUCGUGUGGUACUGUGCGCUCCAUCACUCGUCACUUUUCAUCACCAUGAAUGCUGCUUUUUUGGACGCUGAAACGAAGCUACUCAUGACACCAUCCUGUUGGCAUGUGUUGCAUCAGCUGUAGUCGUAUAGUUCCGAUAGAUCAUUCAGAAAUUCGUGGCAUAUCCCCCUCAAAAAAGUUGGGCGCCCACUAACCGGCAUCAAUGGGCACGCACUCCAGAUUGAUGCAAUAGGCGAGACGGUCGGUGUGUGCAUGAGCAGAACUUUUUUUAUUUUUUUUGGUCGUGGAGGCUGCCGGGCUUUGGUCAUUCAGAUGGUCCACUCUUUUUAAAGGGAGUGAAACGAUUUUUUGUGUCCAGUAAAGUAUGAUUUCACAAUCCCGAAAUUACCACUUUUAUCACGACUCGACGAUUGGCAAACGAACAAAUGCACAAAAAGAAAAUGCGGGUGGAGACGCCACUUUCAAAUUCCUGAACCAAACAUUGUAACAUCAUACAUCUUCAAGGUGUCUACUGGGGUCCUACGUAGCCUUUAA